CCGCGGGCCCCAAGGUGAGGGCCGGGGAGCGCUGCCAGAGGGGCGGCGCGACGGCGCGGGGAGCGUGCGCACGCGCAGAGCCGCCGCCGGCCAGUGCCCAGAGCGCGGGAGAAGGGACGCGGUCCACUGAGAGGCGCCGCGCCAUGGUUUGAUCUGUGGAUGAAAUGAAUCAUGAUUUUCAAGCUCUUGCAUUAGAAUCUCGGGGAAUGGGAGAGCUUUUGCCUACCAAAAAAUUUUGGGAACCUGAUGAUUCAACAAAAGAUGGACAAAAAGGCAUAUUUCUUGGGGAUGAUGAAUGGAGAGAGACUGCAUGGGGAACUUCUCAUCAUUCAAUGUCCCAGCCUAUUAUGGUACAAAGAAGAUCUGGACAGGGUUUUCAUGGAAACAGUGAAGUAAAUGCAAUAUUGUCUCCGCGAUCAGAAAGUGGAGGCGUUGGUGUGAGCAUGGUAGAAUAUGUACUAAGUUCUUCACCUGCUGAUAAAUUGGAUUCUCGAUUUAGGAAGGGAACUUUUGGCACUAGAGAUGCUGAAACAGAUGGACCUGAGAAAGCAGAUCAGAAGGGCAAGGCUUCUCCAUUUGAGGAGGACCAAAACAGAGAUCUUAAACAAGAAGAUGAUGAUUCUAAAAUAAAUGGCAGAGGUUUGCCAAAUGGAAUGGAUGCCGAUUGCAAAGAUUUUAAUCGUACUCCUGGAAGUCGUCAAGCCUCUCCAACUGAAGUAGUUGAGCGCCUUGGCCCCAGUACUAAUCCCCCAGAAGGACUGGGUCCUCUUCCCAAUCCUACAGCUAAUAAACCACUUGUUGAAGAAUUUUCAAAUCCUGAAACUCAGAAUCUGGAUGCCAUGGAACAAGUUGGUCUGGAUUCCUUACAGUUUGACUAUCCUGGUAAUCAGGUACCCAUGGACUCUUCAGGAGCUACUGUAGGCCUUUUUGACUACAAUUCUCAGCAGCAGCUCUUUCAGAGGACUAAUGCACUAACAGUUCAGCAGUUAACUGCAGCUCAACAGCAGCAAUACGCAUUAGCAGCAGCUCAACAGCCACAUAUAGCUGGUGUGUUCUCAGCAGGCCUUGCUCCAGCUGCAUUUGUGCCAAAUCCAUAUAUUAUUAGUGCUGCUCCUCCAGGGACCGAUCCAUACACUGCAGCAGGUUUGGCUGCAGCAGCAACAUUGGCAGGUCCAGCAGUGGUUCCACCACAGUAUUAUGGUGUUCCAUGGGGGGUAUAUCCAGCCAAUUUAUUUCAGCAACAAACUGCUGCUGCAGCAAACAACACAGCGAGUCAGCAAGCAGCAUCACAAGCUCAGCCUGGACAGCAACAGGUUCUUCGUGCUGGGACUGGUCAGCGUCCUCUUACUCCCAACCAAGGUCAACAGGGACAGCAAGCAGAAUCACUUGCUGCAGCUGCAAAUCCAACUUUGGCUUUUGGGCAGGGUCUUGCUACAGGUAUGCCAGGCUAUCAAGUAUUAGCUCCGACUGCCUAUUAUGAUCAGACUGGUGCCUUAGUAGUUGGCCCUGGAGCAAGAACUGGCCUUGGAGCUCCAGUUCGAUUAAUGGCUCCCACCCCUGUUUUAAUUAGUUCAGCAGCAGCACAAGCUGUAUCUGAAAUUUAUUUUACAGCAGCAGCAGCAGCGGCAGCAGCUGGGGGAACUGCAAAUAGUCUUACAAGCGGCACGAAUGGUCUUUUUCGACCAAUUGGCACCCAGCCACCACCACAACAACAGCAGCCACCAAGCACUAAUCUGCAGUCUAAUUCAUUUUAUGGGAGCAGUUCUUUGACUAAUAACUCCCAGAGCAGUUCUUUGUUUUCUCAUGGACCUGGUCAGCCUGGAAGUACAUCUCUUGGCUUUGGAAGUGGUAGUUCUUUGGGUGCCGCUCUAGGCUCAGCCCUCAGUGGAUUUAGUUCAUCAGUUGGCAGUUCUGCAAGUAGUAGUGCCACAAGGAGAGAGUCUCUAUCUACUAGCUCUGACUUGUACAAAAGAUCUAGUAGCAGCCUAGCACCCAUAGGGCAACCAUUUUACAAUAGUCUGGGAUUUUCCUCCUCUCCAAGUCCAAUAGGCAUGCCUCUGCCAAGCCAAACUCCAGGACAUUCACUUACGCCACCGCCAUCACUUUCAUCACAUGGAUCCUCAUCCAGUUUGCAUUUAGGAGGACUGACAAAUGGUAGUGGUCGAUAUAUCUCUGCAGCACCAGGAGCAGAAGCAAAAUACCGAAGUGCUUCAGGCACUUCCAGUCUGUUUAGCUCCAGCAGCCAGCUCUUUCCUCCUUCUCGGCUUCGAUACAAUAGGUCCGAUAUUAUGCCUUCUGGCCGCAGUAGGUUAUUGGAAGAUUUCAGAAACAACCGCUUCCCAAAUCUUCAGCUUAGAGACUUGAUUGGACACAUAGUCGAAUUUUCCCAAGACCAGCAUGGCUCUAGAUUCAUACAACAGAAACUAGAGAGAGCUACUCCAGCUGAGCGACAGAUGGUAUUUAAUGAAAUUCUACAGGCAGCCUAUCAACUAAUGACAGAUGUAUUUGGCAACUACGUCAUACAGAAAUUUUUUGAGUUUGGAAGCUUGGAUCAAAAAUUAGCCCUGGCUACUCGUAUUCGUGGUCAUGUUCUGCCUUUAGCCUUGCAGAUGUAUGGCUGUCGGGUUAUUCAGAAAGCAUUAGAGUCUAUUUCUUCUGACCAGCAGGUAAUUAGUGAAAUGGUAAAGGAGCUUGAUGGUCAUGUUCUCAAAUGUGUAAAAGAUCAGAAUGGAAACCAUGUUGUGCAGAAAUGUAUUGAAUGUGUUCAGCCACAGUCGCUACAGUUCAUCAUUGAUGCUUUCAAAGGACAAGUAUUUGUGCUUUCAACUCAUCCUUACGGUUGCAGAGUAAUUCAGCGUAUCCUAGAGCAUUGCACUGCAGAACAGACUUUGCCUAUCUUAGAAGAACUUCACCAACAUACUGAGCAGUUGGUACAGGAUCAAUAUGGCAAUUAUGUUAUUCAGCAUGUACUGGAACAUGGUCGACCUGAAGACAAGAGCAAAAUUGUUUCUGAAAUCAGAGGAAAGGUCUUAGCCCUGAGUCAACACAAAUUUGCCAGCAAUGUAGUAGAAAAGUGUGUUACUCAUGCCUCCCGUGCUGAGAGAGCGUUACUGAUUGAUGAAGUUUGCUGCCAGAAUGAUGGUCCUCACAGUGCCUUAUACACCAUGAUGAAGGAUCAGUACGCCAAUUAUGUGGUUCAGAAGAUGAUUGAUAUGGCUGAGCCUGCUCAAAGAAAGAUAAUCAUGCAUAAGAUUCGACCUCACAUUACUACUUUGCGCAAGUAUACAUAUGGGAAACAUAUACUGGCCAAGUUGGAGAAAUACUAUUUGAAAAAUAGCCCAGAUCUAGGGCCUAUUGGAGGACCACCGAAUGGAAUGCUGUAAAAGAAGAGGAGAAGAAAUAGGAUUUAACCAUGUGAAAUAUUUUUGUGAAUUAUCAAAACACAACUCAACUAUGAAUCUUGAGUUUUUUUAAAGCAAACUAUUUAUUGACUUUAUUCAUCCAUUUGUAAUUUUUUAAGGUUCUUGUGUAUAUUUAGGGGGUGGGGUGGUGGAUUAUAAAUUAUAUUCAGCCCUUAGUGGAGACCUAUCAGAUUGGAUUGCUGGCAAAGCACAGAAUGCCUGUAUAUGAUGUAACUGUAUCAAAAAAAGCUGUCACAUAUUUUGUAAAUUUUUACCUUGUAAAGUCACAAAAAUAGUUUUUAAAGGAAAGAGUACAGUAUUCUUUUAAUAAACUGGCGUGCAGUCUGGUAGGUCUACAACCCCAUAGCACAACAGGUUUAUAGAGAUGUAUAUAGAAUUAUAGUCCUUCUGUUUUUUCUUUGCCUGAAGCCUUUUAUAACAGAUUAACAAUCAACUGCAUAAAUAUUAAUUAAUGUUUUAAAAAGAAAGUUAAGUUGUAUUUUGGUAAUUCACAAACUAUCAUGCAUAUAAAGGGUCAGCAAAUAACACAAGAAUAAAAUAACUUGAGGUGAAAAGAAUCUAACCUUUACAGUGGAUGUGGUUUUAAUACAGAUACUGCCCUAUAAUGUCUGGCAAUAUACAGAAGAAGUGUUGUAUAGACUUACAUAUGUAAUUGUUAAGAGUUAGAAAAAUAAAAUCAUGGUGACAAUUCCCUCCAGUUAAGUGCACUAAAUGAAAAGUUUCAUAUUAACUUUUCAGUUUGGUUUGCAAUGUGAAAGAGUGGAAAUUUGUAUUUUGUUUCACUUAUAGUUACAAAGACAUGGUGAGGAAGUGUUGGGCUUUAUUUUACUUUUUCAUAGUAGAUGCAGAAAGUAGGAACCAGAUAGAGUUGAAAAGGGGCCACUGAAAAUUGAAUUUGAUAACUCAACAUUUAAGCAUGAUUACAUAUUCAGAUAGCUUUUUUUGCUUUCUAUAAAUAUAUGCAUUGUGUGUGUAGUGAUGUAAGUUUACACUUUGAAAGAAAUCUUGUUUCAAUGUUUAUUAUAAAAGCCUUGCUAAUUUAGUAGUGACGCUUUCCUUGGUUGUACAGGUGUACAUUUGUAAACCUUCAUGCUGUAAAUGGAAUUUGUUUUAUCUCUUUGGGAAACAUUUGCAUUCUAGUGUACAUUUAUGUCCUUGCCCUCUUUGACCUGGCAAUAUAGUGUUGUAUAAUGUAAAUUUCUCCAAAUCAAGAGUGAUUUUUUAAGAAAUUUUUUAUCUUUAUAUGGUUUCAGAAGUAUGAACCAACUUUCUUUUUAUUAUUGUGAGAAAAAUUUUGUUUUAUAACAUAGUUGUUGUUGACUCUGUUAAUAUGGACAUGCUAGGAUUUGGGUCACUUUCAAGAAGUCAGGGUAUUGUGCAUAAUAGAAAGUGUUGGACUGAGAUAUUUGGUUACCAUGGAGGCCAAUGCUUUUUCCAUCUUAUUAAAUGUGAUGUGACUUUUUUCUUUGUACAGAAGAGUACUGUAUUUUUGAAUAGCCUACCCAAGUAAGAACAAAUCUGUAUGAUAACUUUUUUUUCUCUGAACAUAAGACAUUAUAACAGUGACAUGAUGUACAUUUACAAGCGGCCUUAUGUACAUUUCCCAACAAUCUUUUUAAGGCAAAAUGUGACCAUAUGUGUAUAAUUAAAAUCGUUUUUAAUCCUUUGCCUAUGAAAAUAUUUUGGAAAAAACUUGCUUUGUAUAUUCAGUUUCUGAAAGAUAAAGAAAGUGCUUUGUA